AUGGCCCUCAAGUCUCUGCUGAUCAGCGCAACGCUGGUUGCCUGCGUGCUUGGGCAGGAAUAUGUGGGCUUCACUCAGUGGCCCAGCACUUUGACGCCCGGCGAACCGGCGACAUUGAAGUGGUCUGGCGGAAAUGGACCCACCACAAUCACCCUGCAACAAGGCGACCCAAAAGACUUGCAGGACGUCAAAGUCUUGACUACAGAGGCCCGCGAUGGCGAGUUCACAUGGAUUCCCACAGGGGACCUGAGAGAUGGAUCGGACUAUGCCUUCAAGAUCACCCAGGGCGAUGCAGUCAACUGGUCUGGAAUGGUCCAGAUUGCGGGAGGCGACAACACGCCGCUCGAAACAGAGACCAAGGGAACUGCGAGCGCAACCUCUGCCACGAGCAGCGCUCAGAGUAUCUCCAGCCCGGCUGCCACGACGUCUUUGGUGCCCAGUCCGCCCAGCACGCCCAGCACGCCUUCGGGGUCGCAGCACCCAACUCCCACCCCUGCAAGCUCUUCCGCUGCCAGAACCACCACCAAGGCCAGGCCGACUUCUUCUCACUCCGCCACGAGCUCUCAAUUUACUCCUUUGAAACCCACGUCAACUAUGGAGCUUCCCAAGCAUAUCCAGACAGGCGCUGCCGCUCGUUCUGCGGCCCCUUUGGCCCUGGGUCUGGGCGCUGCAGCAGUACUCUUAUUCCUGCAAUAG